UAGCGAACGAAGGAGGCGAAACGCCGCGGGAAUUGUUACAGUGUUGCAGCGCGUGCACCCGGAGCCUUUGAUAUUCCCGCCGGACCGACACACUGUAACAGAUCCCGAGCCAGAAGCGAUACAUGUAGCGACCGAAAGAAAAAAAUCAGCACUGUGUGUUGUCACAACAAAAGCUGUUCGUACUGCUGUCGUUAGACGUCCACCGCACGCCGCGUUAGUUUAGCGGCGUUUAAGGAGAAACGCGCUCGCUUUAAUUGAUAUUAGCCUACUUGCGAAGAAAAGAAGGAGAAUCCAUCCGGGGACUUGAAUCACUUCUGAGGCGAGGAUCUUGCUCACUAACAAUCACUCUGCUCUUACCAAGAGAGUCCAGGUGACCUUCAUACAACUCAUGUUCAAUUAAACGUGUCCUUAAACAAGUUAUUUCAGAUUCAGAACACGCUAGAACUAGUGGAAGAUGUCCUGUGUGAGAGCUGUGAGGGGUCUGGCACCAGUCUGUGGCUUUCAGCCCCUCGCUGUUUUAUCUCGCGGCGUCAGUUUCUCUCCGCGCCAAGUCGCAUCGGACGCCAGUUUCCGCUUGGUGUCCUUCUCUGAAUCCGAUCAUCCCAGAGUUCUCAUCACCGGAGGUCUGGGUCAGCUGGGAGUAGGGCUCGCCAAACUGCUCAGAAAGCAGUUUGGAAAAUAUAAUGUAAUUCUGUCUGAUAUCAGAAAACCUCCAGCUCAUGUUUACCAAAGCGGCCCCUUUAUGUAUUCAGACAUUUUGGACUACAAGAACUUGCGUGAGAUUGUUGUGAACAACCGUAUCUCGUGGCUGAUACACUACAGCGCCCUGCUGAGCGCGGUCGGAGAGGCCAACGUGUCCCUCGCUCGUGACGUCAACAUCACCGGGUUGCACAACGUUCUUGACGUGGCAGUAGAACAUGGGCUCCGUCUCUUUGUCCCCAGCUCUAUUGGAGCCUUUGGCCCCACGUCCCCUCACAACCCAACCCCAGAUCUGUGCAUCCAGCGCCCACGAACCAUUUACGGGGUGUCUAAGGUUCACGCUGAGCUAAUGGGAGAGUAUUAUCAUCACAGGUACGGUCUUGACUUCCGUUGUCUCAGAUACCCGGGAAUCAUUUCCGCAGACUCUCGACCUGGUGGAGGAACUACAGACUAUGCUGUUCACAUCUUCCACGAUGCUGUGAAAACGGGUAGAUUUGUGUGCAAUCUGAGGCCUGACACGAGACUCCCCAUGAUGUUCAUCGACGACUGUCUGAGCGCCACGCUGGAGGUUCUGGAAGCUCCUGCUGAGACGCUCUCCAUGCGGACGUACAACGUCAGCGCCGUGAGCUUCACUCCAGACGAGCUGGUACAAGAAAUCAGGAGGCACCUGCCAGACCUGCAGGUCACAUACGAGAUUGACCCAGUCCGACAAGCCAUUGGUGAGAGUCCUACCCAUCGGUCGUCGCCCAUUCAAUACGCAGAUGACUUUGUUUCUGUAUCAGAUUUGAAGAAAUGCAGCAUUACAUCAAUCGCAUCCAUUCACUCUGCAGUGAAUGGGUGCCGUCAGAACGAGAGUCUGCUGAUAAAACCAUCACAAUAUUCCACACCACUGCAAAAAAGCUGCAUGUUUACAAGUGACAAAUCAAUCAUUGAGGAAUAAGCUAAAAUGUAACUCCAUAAUACAUAAUAAUGCUUUUAGUGAAAAAAAAAUCUGAAUCAGGGAGGAAAUAUGCAGAUUAACAGCUCUAAACAAAUCUGUCGGUGGGUUUUGAUGUAAGAGGAGAAGAGUGAAUGAACUUUCUCAAUGGCGUUGAGCGUUAAAAGCGUUAUUAUGGGUUGCUGACCAGAAACAAUGGUUUCAAUUUUAUGCAGCUUUUCAUUUCACAAGACGUUAACUGCUGGACUGGAGUGGAUCGUUGUGAUGUUUUUAUCAGCUGUUUGG